GCACUACUUCCAUUGUUAUUGCUUCAGCGUCCACCCCGCCGAGAAUGAGCCGAGGUGAGGAAGGAGAUUGACUUACUCGUGUCGGAGUGUCCGUGGAUUUCGUUUUCUUCCGAUCCCAACGACUCCUGGUUCACUCGCCGAUUCUAUUCCGACUUCAGGAAAAGGAUAGCAUGAAUACUCACUCACCUACGGACAGAGUUAAUGAGUGAGAGCUGGUGCGGUUUGGGACGAUUGGCGCACUGCCGCUCAUGCGACCACUUGACUAAACUUGCCCUCUACCUUCAUUGUGGAGAGGGUUAUUAAUUUGAGCCCAUGGCCAAGAUAGUUUCAAUCUCGCAAGAGAACCCCACGGCGGUAGUAAUAUUAUACUUCCACUUUCCGAGGAGGUCACUAGUCAAUCAAUCCUCAGUCCUUCUGGAUCAGCAAAAUGGGGAAGAUGAUGAACCACAACUUUCCUCAUCAACACAAUUGCAGUUCUAGUAGUACUGACACCGGGAGCAGCAACAACAAAAAUAACUCCAACACCAGCCAUUGCAGCAACAACAGGGUCUCUCGGAACCUCAUGAAGAAGUGUUCCUCUCUCGCAGUGUUGCUGAUCUUGGUUCAAGUGAGCCAGGCCGAUUACCAAUACAAGCGAUCCAAGACCAAGGUGUCCAGUAUGAGUAAUCUGCCAGCAUUCAACCAUCCCGGAGGAGGAGCCUCCACAAUCCCCACGAGUUACUUCCUGGGGGAACACCCCUCUUUCCUGCAAUCAGGCGGCGGGCUCAGCGAGGGUGGAGGAACGGGCGAAGGUGGCGGAGGUGGAAAGAACUGCUCGUCUUGUGUGGACCGAGAGCUUUUCAAGAACUUCACCAAAGAGGAGAUCCGAGAAAAAAUCCUGAGGAAAUUGGGCAUGGUCAACCCGCCCAAUAUCUCCACCGAGGCGGUUCCUGACCACUUAGUUCGGCAAUUGCUCUCACGGUAUCACCGAGAGUUGGACAUCCAAGGCGAUCAGAACACGGAACGAAUGAAUCAAGAAGAGGACGACUUCCACUUUCAAACCAAGCAAAUCAAUAUCCUGGGCAUCAAGGAUUCGCCAGUACUUCCGGCAUUGGUUCGAGACUUGUGGGACAUUCAAUACUUUCAAGUCCUCACCCCUCAAUUGGAGCGAAGUUGGAGGGACGUAACCAGGGCCCAUUUGUGGGUCCAUUUGCCCGCGGCCCCCUCUUCGGACGACAAAUAUGCGUGGAUCAGUGUGCAUUAUGUGUCCAUUGACAAAAAGAACAAGCCUUUUCUCACCCAGGACACCGUUACCCGAGUCAAGCUUAGACCGGAUCGGGGUGGAUGGAUCGAGAUCAAUGUGUGGGACGUGGUCUCGUUGUGGUUCAAGAAUCCGGACUUGAAUCUCGGGAUCGUGAUCACUGUCAGCACCAGCACGGGUGCUGCCAUUGACAUUGGGAUAUCCGAUCAGCCCCAUACAAUACCGUUUCUCCAGCUAGACAUCAAGGAGGAGUCGGUGAACAAUCGGCGAAAGCGGAACCUCAGCAAGGUCUGCACGGAAGCCGACAAUCCCGGCGAGAAGCAUUGCUGCAUGUGGCCGUUCACCGUUGACUUUGAGAAGGAGUUCGGCUGGAAAUGGAUCAUUUACCCACCCAAGUACGAGGCCAACUAUUGCUCCGGGGAUUGCUCUCUGGGCGUGGGGAUUCCCUCGAACCCGUGGGCCCAUCUCCUGCAACAGGCCAAAGGCAGUCCGUGUUGCGCUCCUCAGAAGAUGUCCGGCAUCAAUAUGCUCUACAUGGACGAAAACAAGAACGUGAUCCUGGGAAAGUUGCCCAACAUGAAGGUAGAUAAAUGUGGUUGCGCAUGAUCAUUCGGUCUUCACCAAGCCCACCCAUCCUGCCACCUCUACCUCUACUCUAUCUGUUGUUCAAUGAGUCGUCUAAGCCAAUCAAUCUUAUAAUAACAACUACUUCAUAAAUAAAGUUUCAAGUCUGACAA